UCAACCAAACUCUUGUUCCUAGCAACGCAAAACAGCUGUGUUUUUCUUAAUUUGAGAAAGAAAUACGUCAAUAUUCCAGAAUACGGAGAGCAUUGCUGGUGUAUUGUUGUUGUAUUCUAUCUAACUGAUUUCCAGAGUUUGACUUUUUGACAUCGGAACGCUUUCUUGCAUUACACGGAAGCGGCGGGGACGGAAACACAACAAAAGUGGAGCGUGUUCCGUAGCUGGAUAAUCUCGUCUAUUACGACAAAGGACCCCACGCGUAAAACAUGUUCAAAAACACAUUUCAAAGUGGAUUUCUUUCUAUACUGUAUAGCAUCGGUAGCAAACCUCUUCAGAUUUGGGAUAAAAAGGUGAGGAACGGUCAUAUCAAGCGAAUUACCGAUAAUGACAUUCAUUCACUCGUGUUGGAGGUCGAAGGGACAAACGUGAGUACCACCUAUAUAACCUGCCCAGCAGACCCAAAGAAGACGCUGGGCAUCAAGUUGCCUUUCCUCGUGAUGAUCAUCAAAAACUUAAAAAAGUAUUUCACCUUCGAAGUCCAGGUGUUAGAUGAUAAAAAUGUUCGACGGCGGUUUCGCGCGAGUAACUACCAGAGCACGACGCGAGUGAAGCCGUUCAUCUGUACCAUGCCAAUGAGGCUUGAUGAUGGGUGGAACCAGAUUCAGUUCAAUCUGUCAGACUUCACCAGGAGAGCCUACGGAACGAAUUAUAUUGAGACGUUACGUGUGCAGAUACAUGCCAACUGUCGUAUCAGGAGAGUGUAUUUCUCGGACAGGCUUUACUCCGAGGAUGAGCUCCCAGCAGAGUUUAAACUCUACGUUCCCGUGCAGAGCCAGAAGGGCAAGCAAUAGAUGUCCUGAAUGAACAUGCACCAUUUCCCCAAAGCUGAUGCAUAUUUGUGCUGUAGUGUCUGUGUGUGUGUGUGUGUGUGUGUGU